CGAAAAGUUGUUGCUUCUACACAGCUGCGGCCUGUCUUGUAUCACCCAUAUGCACAACGACAAAGACCCCCGCAGAUCAAUCCCAUCAAGACCAGAACCGGCGAAUCCAAGAGUGGCUAUUGGCUGGAGGCAGCUUGAAAUUUUAAUAUCGGUGACUGCGGCAGAUCGGUCAGGUCAAUGCUUGCCAUUUACUCUAGGGCUGCAGUCGGACCCUAUUCUGUGUACCGGCGUGCUAGUGAGCGUCCACGGCGGCCAGAUCAUUAGCUGCAACAGUCCGCUUGCCUCAUCCGCGGCCUCAGCCAGGUACUCUACAGGGACCUGUUCCUCAAAGACAUAAAUUGGCUGUUUCCGUACCUUCUUUCCACAGAUUCGAUUUAAUCGCUUCUCUAGAUACUCGGAACCUUGAGCUUACCUGCCCCGCGUUUUUUUACCCCACCAUACCAUGCCUAGCGAAAACGCUCCCUCCUCCGUCACGCACGCCUCCGGAGCUGCAGAUGAUGGCGCUCCCGAUCUCCGUCUGCUCCACUACAACGACGUCUACCACAUCGACCAAGGCUCGAAAGACCCCGUCGGCGGCGCGGCGCGCUUCGUCUCUCUCGUGACGCACUACCGGUCCUCGCCCACGUACACCUCACAGCCGGAGCUACUAACCUUCUUUUCCGGCGAUGCAUUCAACCCGUCCCUCGAGUCCUCAGUGACCAAGGGGCGGCACAUGGUUCCGAUCCUGAACGCGAUCAAAACUUCCGUGGCAUGUCUGGGCAACCACGAUCUCGACUUCGGCGUCGAGCAGUUCGGCCACCUCAGGGAUCUGUGCAACUUCCCGUGGCUGUGCGCGAAUGUCGAGGAUCCCGCGCUCGGCGAGGGCGUGAGUAUUGCGGGGCUGCCGAAGACGGUUAUGCUACAGGCUUCAAAUGGGAUUAAGGUCGGCGUCAUUGGACUCGUCGAGAGAGAGUGGCUCGAUACUAUCAACUCCCUGCCACCGGGACUCGUCUAUACCAGUGCGGCGGUGGCGGCGAAGAAGUGGGCGCCGGGGCUGCGCGAGCAGGGCGCUGAGAUUGUUAUUGCUGUCAGCCAUAUGCGUGAACCGAAUGAUAUCAAACUGGCCAAUAACAUCCCGGAGGGCCUUAUUGAUAUCGUCCUUGGAGGACACGAUCACCAUUACGCUCAUGAGGUCGUCAAUGGUUGCCAUAUCAUCAGAUCUGGUUGCGACUUCAGGCAGCUCUCCUAUAUUGAGGCGCGCAAGAAGAGCAGUACCGAUCCUGACGCUACGGGUUGGCACUUUGACAUCGUGCGGCGGGAUAUCACGAGAGAUGUGCCUGAGGAUCCUCACACUGCUCACAUCGUCAACAAGCUCACAGUCGGUCUGAAAUCAAAGCUUGCGAAGCCCAUUGGCGUGAGCAUGGUGCCUUUGGAUGCUCGGUUCAGCACUAUCAGGUGCAAGGAAUCGAACUACGCCAACUUUGUGUGCGAUCUGAUGAGGUUCUACUACAACACCGAUUGUGCGAUGAUGGCCGGCGGAACCAUGCGAGGAGACCAGAUCUAUCCCCCCGGUGUCAUGAAGCUCGGCGACAUCAUCAACUGCUUCCCGUUCGAAGACCCGGUGGUCGUGGUUAGACUACCCGGAUCGUCGAUUGUCAAGGCCCUCGAGAACGGUGUUUCGAAGUUGCCGGCGUACGAAGGCCGCUUCGCCCACGUAUCGGGAAUCAAGUUCACCUACGAUUCUUCUCUUCCAGAGGGUUCUAGGGUCUUGUCUUGCAAGAUCGGAGAGGAUGAUGUUGUACCGGACAAGAAGUACACCCUUGCAACCAGGGGCUACAUGAGCCGAGGAAAGGACGGAUACGAGGCCCUAUCCGUAGAGCAGGGAGCGGAGAGCGUCGUGGACGACGAGAGCGGAGUGCUGAUCUCGAUGGUGCUCCGGCAAUACCUCCUAUCGCUCAAAGUGAUCGGGAAGUGGUCUCGUGGCGGCUUCUACCGCAAGUUCUUCGGGCCCAUGAAGAAGGACAUGAGCGCGAAGGGAAGUCUCGUGCAGUCAUCGGAAGCAGCCCAGCACGAGGAUCUCGACGACGACGACCAGACCAGUGGAAGCGAGAUCGAGAACGACGAGAUCGAGCGCGAAGACGAUGACGCACCGAAGGCGGCGCAAUCGGAUGAGACCGACCAUCUUAAGAUGAAAAUGGGCACGAAGUGGGCACGCCUGGCGAAAGUUGGUUCGAGCACUCAGAAUGUCGACUGGACUAGUGCUAUCUCGCCCGCGGUCGAGGGGAGGAUUGUCGAUGUCAGGCAGGAGUGAUUUACGUCUGUAUAGUACUCUAGUCAUGCAAUACCAAUACGCUCUGUAGCCUAUCAUGAGAUGGUGAAUUGAGGCUUGG